AUGGCGCCGCCGAAAUCUAAAGCCCCUAAAUUACCCAAUAGUCUUCUUCAGCAACUAGGAAUCGAAGACGGUGGUGGAAAUGAGAGCCGGGGGCGCAAGCGUCUUGGGCGCAAAGAGAUGCGGAAAGCAGAAAGACAAGAGAAGAAGCAAAGUAGAUCUCAGUCAUCCAGGCCUCCUCCUCAGAAGCGAUUGAAGUCGCAACAUGCCAGGCACAAUGACGACGGUGAAGAAGAUGAGGAAGAUGAGGAUAUUGAACCGUUGAAUGCAAAAGUUAUACCCGAGAAGAGAAAAGACGAUAGCCCAAAACCAAAAUCUAUACUGAAAACGACAAAGAAAACGGAUCCACCUCAAGACAAGGCAUCCCGUGAAGAGGAUACUCUUUCUGGAUCACGGAUUGGGAAGAAUAUUUCGAAGGCUGUCAAGGAUAAAUUGGCCGAGGACGAUGACGAGAUCGCUGCACUAGAGAAGAAAUUAGGGUUGAAAGGGAAGAAGAAGGGCCUGCCAAAGUCAUUCCAAGAAGAUGGAUUGGAUGAGCUGUUGGGUGAUCUCGACGCUUUAGACGAGAGCGAAGAUGAAGAAGUUCAGCUCAAAAAGAAAGGAAAGGCGGAGGCAAAUGAUUGGCUUGAACGUAAGAGAGCAGAAGCCCGAAAGCGUGCAAGGGGCAAUGAGACUUCCGAGGAUGAAGAGGAGGAAGAGGACGAAGACGAUGAGAUGCUGAAUGAUUAUGAUGACGACGAAGCGUCUGACAUUUCAAUGGAUGAACCUGAUUCCAUGGGUAGUGAUUCUGGUGAUAACGAUAGUGAUCUUGGAGAUGAGGAUAUAGCUGAUGACGACUUUGAAGGAUUUGGGUCUGAAAGUGAAGAAGACGCUCCCCCGAAGCCAAAAAUUCGUGAAAAUCCCUAUGUGGCACCUGUGGCUGCAACUGCAGCUUCUUCUGGAAAAUACAUCCCACCUUCAUUACGAAAGGCGUCUUCCUCAGAUUCCGAGGAUUUAGUGCGGCUGCGACGGCAAACUCAAGGUUUAGUCAACAGGUUGACAGAAGCCAAUCUGAUCUCCCUCCUUGGGGAGAUAGAAAAAUUAUAUCGGGUCAAUGCUCGUCAACACAUGACUUCUACCCUUAUUGAUCUACUCCUGACUUCCGUUUGCGAACCAACGACUUUACCCGAUACCCUUAUCAUCCUCCCCGCCGGAUUCAUUGCCGCGAUCUAUAAGAUUAUUGGAACGGAUUUUGGUGCUCAGGUAAUUCAGAGAGUAGUUGAGCUCUUUGAUGAGCACUAUGCACGUGUGGCGUCAGUCAACCAAAGCUCCUCAGCACCCAUCCCUGACAGCAAGGAAACAACCAACCUGAUAGCUUUACUUUCAGAAAUGUAUAAUUUCCAAGUAUUGGGAAGCAAUCUCAUUUUCGACUACAUCAAGCUCUUUUUAGAUACGCUAUCAGAACUAAAUGCCGAACUUCUAUUGAAGAUUGUACGUAUUUCAGGCCCUCAACUACGGCAAGACGACCCUUCAGCGUUGAAGGAUAUUGUUACUAUGCUUCGACCUGCCGUUCAAAAGGCAGGUGGCGAAGAGAAGUUGUCAGUGAGGACAAAAUUCAUGAUCGAAACCAUCAAUGAUCUCAAAAAUAAUAAAAUGAAAACUGGUGCUGUCGCCUCCGCCAUCACUUCAGAGCAUACAAUUCGGAUGAAGAAGACACUAGGGACACUAAAUACUCGGAGUAUUAAAGCUAGUGAGCCCCUGCGGAUAGGCCUCAAGGAUAUAAGAGACUCGGAUAAGAAGGGAAAAUGGUGGUUGGUUGGUGCGAGCUGGGCAGGUAAUGCCGAAGACGAUGAAGAGCCCAUAUCGGAAGCUAGGAACUCUAGAGAAGUUCAAGAGGUAGAUGCUGGAACUUCUGAUCUAGUUCAACUUGCUAGAGAGCAACGUAUGAACACGGACAUUCGUCGAGCCGUAUUCAUUACCAUCAUGUCCGCCUCAGAUUAUCAAGACGCAUAUCUACGGCUGAUGAAGUUGAAGUUGAAAAAAGUCCAAGAGCUUGAGAUACCGAAAGUCUUGUUACAAUGUUCUGGUGCGGAAAAGUUGUACAACCCGUACUAUACAUUAAUAGCAAAGAGAUUGUGCGGCGAUAGGAAACUCAAGAUGGCCUUUCAAUUCAGUUUGUGGGAUCUUUUCAAGAAGAUGGGGGAAACAAACGACGACGAUGAUGACGAUUUUGCAGAGGAUACAGAGUUGGAUACAAGGCACAUUGUCAAUCUAGCCAAGAUGUUUGGUACAUUGAUGGCAGAGGGUGGACUUGGACUUAACGUUCUCAAGAACUUGAAUCUUAGCUAUUUACAAGCCAAGACGAAAACGUUCUGCGAGGUUCUUUUUAUCACUAUGCUACUUCAAACUCAAAAGGCAUCGAAGGACGGCCGAGAUAAGAAGACAAUUGCAAAUCUGUUCUCGAGGGUGAAGGAUACACCUCAAAUGAUCACUGGACUACAAUACUUCUUGAAGAAGGUAGUCGGCAAGACGGAUAUAGCAGGAGGAAAAAAUGAGAAGGAUACUGUGAAAUGGGGUUGUAAAGUUGCUGGAGAUACACUUCAGGCUUUGCUUAAUGAAGAUACCCGUGCCUAG